UCAUCAGGAGCACGCGGCGGCUGCUCGCUGUGACGGUGCGCGCGGGGCGGUGGUGCAUCCGGUUCUGUUUUGAUCCAUCCUGCAGCUCCGAGAGCCGCUGCCGGUACCGGACGGUCCGAAAAGCCCAAACGACCAAGAGCAGGAAACCAUGGCAACGGGUUCGGUAGAAAAGGAGGCGAGGAGGGAGUGACGCAGCGACGGACCAGCAGCUGAUCAAUAAUCAGAGGUCCCGCUGCUCCUCGGUGAUCAUGUCUUCCUCCUCCUCCUCCUCUUCCUCGCCGCUGCCCUACUUCUGCCCCCGCUGCGGCGACCGGAGCCGCUUCCCGUCCGUGGCUGAGCUCCAGGCUCACCUGGUCAGCAGACACACCUACGAGACCCUGCUGGUGCUGUCGCAGGCCCGGCUCAGGCGUUCUGGACCUGCUCUCCUGCCUCUUCCUGGACCAGCAGCGACCCAGAGCGAAGCGUCUCCUCUGAACAUGGAGGCCCAGGGUUUCCCCCUGCCGCUGGCCUGCCUGGACCUCGCCUCCUCCUCGGCCUCCGUCCAGCUGCUCCGGGGAAUCUUCGGCCCACCGGACCGGGCCCGGUCCGGGCAGGAGCCCUGCACCGCUCUGGCCCGGCCCGGCUCUCUGGUUCCGGAGGCUUCUGGCGUCCUGGACCUCAGGCUGACGGUGGACAUCGGCCUGGAGGAGCGGCUGGGACUUGGACUGGACCGGAAAAUCGCCCGGACGUUUGCAGAGGUGGAGGAGAAGGUGAACCGGCGCGUCGGGCGGCUGAGGGCGGAGCUACAGAGGAGGGAGGCGGAGCUUGAGAGGAAGAGGAGAGAGAGGGAGAAACUGUGGAGGGAGAAGAAGGAGGUGGAGGAGAAGGCGGCGUACCUGUCCAGACAGGUUUCGGUCGCCAUGGAGAUGAUGGAGCGUCUGAAGACCAACCUGGCAGAGAAAGAGACAGAGCUGAGUGAGCGACAGCAGGAGAUGGCGGACAUCGAGCUGUUUCUGAGACGGACGGCAGAAAAAGAAGCCGAGGCCAAAUCCAGACUGCAGGUUUUCAUCGAGACGCUGCUGGAGCGAGCGGACCGAGCAGAACGGCAGCUGCUGCUGCUCAGCGACAACCACGUCACACACAACAGGUUCCAGUACGGCGAGCCGUACUCACCCUCAGAGCUCUACUCACCUGAACCCGGACGGGCCGGACGCAGCCUGGACGGCAGCGCCGAUGACAUCAUCAUCAUGCAGGAAAGCCUCGGCAACAGGAGAAGCUACAGCGUCUCCAGUUCCUACAGACUGGGAGAGCCGGCACACAACCAGUAUCAUUACAGUGGCCUGAGUGAUCAGAUGCGGACCUUGUCUCUGGGCUCAGGGGGCUGGGACUGUGAGGGAGGACUGGUCCACUUCCACCCGUCUCACUGCGCCGCACACUGGACUCCACCGGGCAGAGAGGGAUUCAGGCGGAGGGACAGAGUCUGGGUCAGUGAGGAAGGAUGGGGAAGAACCUGGAGCAAAAGAAACAUUCGUCACCAUAGCACUGAGGAAGAGGAGGAGGAGGAAGAGGAGGAAGGCCUGUGGAGCAGCGCUGAGAUGAGGCGCCUCGUUCUGGCCAGGAAGUACACACCUGGAUCAGACACGCCCUCCUCCAUUGGCUCCACCCCCUCCCGUUGUCAUGCCAACAGGAUGCCGGAGGCGGACACCCUGAAGAUGAGGGCGGGGCUCUCCUGCGUCUUCCCGUAUCUGGAUGUUCGCUCGCUGCUGCUGGCGGCUGAGGUGUGCUGUGAUUGGCGGUUUGUUGCUAGGCACCCAGCGGUCUGGACUCGCCUCCGACUGGAGAACGCUCGAGUGUCGGCCGAGUUCUUGCAGACUCUUUCUCAGUGGUGUACUCAAACUCAGUCUGUCAUCCUCAACAACCUGAAGCCGCGAAGCCGCCGGCCUGACGAGACGCGAGAGGAUUAUCACAAAAACACUCGGGGCAGCGUGGAGCCGGGCGUGGAGGCGCUGCUGCGGUCAGCAGGGGGCAGUCUGCUCCACCUCUCCGUCUCCCAGUGUCCCCACAUCCUCACCGACAGGACGCUGUGGAUGGCCAGCUGUUACUGCAGGAACAUGCAGACGCUCACGUACAGGAGCUCCUCAGAUCCGGUCGGUCAGGAGGUUCUGUGGGCUCUGGGCGCUGGCUGCAGGAACAUCAGCAGCCUGCAGGUCGCGCCGGCGCAUCCCAGCCAACAGCCGACUCGGUUCGGAAACCGGUGCUUGCAGACGAUUGGUCGAUGUUGGCCACACCUCCGUUGUCUCAGUGUGGGCGGAGCUGGCUGCAACACUCAGGGAUUGGUUACUGUUGUGCGCAGCUGCACUCACCUGCAGGUGCUGGAGUUGGAGCGCAUUCCCGACCUGAGCCUUCAGGUGGCGACAGAGCUCUGCAGAGCUGGACUGAAGAGUCUGCAGAUGCUGAUCCUGACCCACACGCCGGUCAGCGGCCAGGCCAUCCUGCACUUCCACGGUGUGUGCAGCAGCAUCAGGUCCAUCGUGGUGGACGUUUCUGUGUCGGACUACUUUGAGGAGCCAGAUACUCAGGAAGCAAAGCACCUGUUUGGAGAGAUUCUCAGUACCCUGAAGGUUCUUCAGACCCGACCCGGCCUUUGUGACGCCCUUCAGGUCCGAGCUGAAGGAUUCUCCUGACCUCAGCAGCAGUCACACGUUUCUGCUUCCAGGAUCCGACCUGACGGUCCUUACCUCCACGUCUGCGUCUAACCAUGCAGAAAAGGGCAAAUUUAUCUCAUUUACAGCCAGAUCUCAUCAAAAAUCUACUUCUUACUGUGUUUGAUAAAAGAAUAUAUUUAUAUUUCUUUCACCUAUAAUGUCAUCUAAAACAAUAUUUGUUUCCUGAACAUAUUUUCAUCAGGCUGGAUGGAAUCAUGGAACAGCGUCAACAGGUUCAUUUUAUGGCAGCUCAGUUUAAUGAACUGAUGGAAAACCGCAAGAAAAUUUAACUUUUUAGCUUCCAAAGUAUGAAAAAAUAUAUAAAAGAUGUAAAUCCACACCAAAUGUAGAUCCACAAGAGAGACAGACAGAGGUACGAAUAACUUACAUGCAGCUUUAAGUAACUUAGUUGCACAAUUUUAAUUUAAACUACCCAAAUUUAAGACUUAAGUGCACAAUUAUAGUUUUUUUACUAAAACAGCAGGACACAGAAUCAAAAAUACACAGCAGAUAUUUUAAAAGUAGCAUUUCCUGAAUACAGGGUUUUAUUUUAAACAGGAUUAACUUCUUAUUUCCUUUUUAUGACCAACAGUUUCUAAAUACUUGAUGAAAUUCAGAGGAUUUGUUUUAGGAAGUUUUGAUCCUGAGGAAAGCUUCCAGUUUCCUCCUUCCAGAUGCAUGAUGGGUAAAAUCCCACAGAGGAUCGUAGCGUCGUAGUUAUGGUAGUUAUGGUAGUUAUGGUAGUUAUUAAUCCACUGGAUUUUCCCUUUUCUUCCACACUGAAGCCCUUUUAGCACAUCUGAACUGAAUUAGCUUAGCAUCACCUAAUUUAUGCAAACCUUUUUUGUUUUUACUCUAUUUUUAUAUAUUAACUCUGAAAGCACAACUUUCUCCUUUAACAUCUUUUAUAUUAAUACUUUUACCUUAUAAAACUGAAAACCUGUGUAAACCUGAAAGCCAUGAUCCUUGUUAGAGAGAGAAAAUCCUUCAUCUUGUUUCCUGUAGGUUAAUUAAAAUUUUACCUCAAUAAAGAAACACAGAAGCACAAAAAUAUCUUUUGCACAAAGUGAAGCGUGUCGAGUUUUGCACCAAAGACGGUGAUGCAUGAAUCAAUCAGAGUUGAUGGGAAAACUGGUUUGACGUCCUGAAGAUGAUUUUAUGUGAGAUUUUACCAUCAAUAAAUUUGUUUCUCAUCA